CUUUCAUAUAUUAACCACUAUCUUACAUCACAUUCACUUAAGCAUUAAUGACGAAUUACUAGUAUCCUAACUUCAACUUUCAUUAUAGACAUUUCUAAUGUUUGUAUACGAAGACGCGUGAAUUUUGAGUAAAGAUGGGAAGAAAUAUUUUUGAUUAAUUAAGUUAUUAUGGCGAUAGUGUUUAGCUAUCGCUUUUUAGAUCGCAUUUUAUAUAGAAUCAGAUAUUUUAUUUGUAGGUGGAUCUUGCGGAGAAGACCAAUAUGCUUUCUACUUAUACUUAUCAUCUUCCUUAUUAUUUUCACUGCUUAUAUGACAAUUAUUUCGUAUAGUCAAUGUUCAUUUUUAGAAGUAGAAAAUGCCGUACAUACUAUCUGUGAUAAAUAUCAAAACCAAGAAGCACUUGGUAAUCUGUGUGCAGAUUUAUGUGAAUCAAAUAACUUAAAACCAAACAGCUGCCUUCCUAAUCAUUUAGGGAAAGAUGUAGUUUUUCAAGCUACUUAUUUUGGCAAUCAUGUGGUUAUGAAGUCAAGUAAACUAAACUCUGAGGAUUUUGAUCAAAUUUAUUACAUUAAUGAAGAAGGAAUCAAAGUGCAUCCAAGUAUUGCCACUUUUUAUUCUAUGAUUGCUAACACUGUACAGUCUGAGCUUCAUGUUAAUAUUUCAAGCUUGAAUGAUAAAUCUUUAGAAGUAUUAAGCAAACUAUGGACUCGAAAUUUGAAAAAAUUUUCUCUUUUACCAACUACUGUACAAAAUGUUGCUAUGAGUAAUAUUUGGUUUCUUGUACAACAAACUGAAUAUUUACUCAUGAAAUAUUAUGAAGAUCUUAAUAUCUUUCCUAAAAUUUUAGGAACAUGUGGGCCUUUUUAUGUAGUUGAAUUCAUACAGCCUCUCAAUAAUUUCUUUAUUAUGUUUUAUCCAUCUUGGAAAGAAGAUUUCAUCGAAAGAGCUGCACUAGCUUUGAAAAUACUUAAUUUUUUAGAAGAAACUGAGAGACAUUUCCCAUUUUUACAUUUUUGUGAUGUAAAAGUUGGCCAUUUUGGGUUGAACAAAAAUGGCGAGGUAAAAUUGUUAGAUAUGGAUAUGGUUUUCUUUGAAGAAUCAUUGAUAAGGAACAUCAAUGCUAUCCAGAAUUGCACGAAAAAUCAAGAUUGCUCCUUCAUAGAUUGUCAAGGAUCCUGCGAUAUUGUUUCUAAAACAUGUGAAGCUAAAGUAAUCGAUAAUAAUUUUCAGAGAGUUUGUCGAAAUAUUCUGACUGGUAAAUUAGUGAAAUCCUACUUUGGUCUUCUAAGUUCACCUCCUAGAUCCAUCUAUAAAGAGCUUUAUAAUUUGUUGAAAGAAUGCUCAGAAGUACUGGAUGAUAAAUCAGCUCAUAUUCUUGCAAGUCACUUGAAAAAUUUGUUGGUUUUGUAUGUACAAAAGGGUUUAACUUAUUAGAAUAUAUAUCUGUUACAUUAUGCUUCAGAACAAAUAAGAGAAUCUUAUAUAUUUAUUUAUAAUAUUUUUUAAAGGCUUAUUUUUUUAUUUACUAUUAAGUUAGAAAGCACUUGAUCUGCAUUUAAAUAUAUAUAUAUAAUUUAAAUUUAAAAUAAUUCUUUUGAUUUUAAUUAACAAAACUUCCAAAUAUUAUCCAUAUAUUUGCAUAGCCAAUUAAGUCUUAUCAUGUAUAUUGAUUGAUAGAUAUUGAAAUGUACAAUUGAUUAAUGGAGAAAUAGUCUAUAAAUUUUGUACUCAACCUACAUAAGGUAUAUAUCCUUUAUCAAGGUUGUCACUAAAAUAUGAUUUUAAAAAAAGUCCCCGAGUUUUCUUUGUGUAUAAGUAGUAUUGGAUUAACUGCAUGAAUAGCAUUCACAUGCUAUUUACAAUAAAAUAACAAUAUCCUCCUAGUGUUUUUUUAUCAGUGGGAAAAAGCAAAAGGAAAUACGCAACAAAUCAUCAUUACCUGGAAUAUUAUAUUAAAUGAAUAUUUACAAGCAGAAUUUUUUUUCCUUUAUUGCCUAAAAUUCUGCUAAACUAAUUCAUAUAUUAAGGGAAAAAAGAUAUUGCUCAUGCUGUCAAAUGUAAAGUCACUUAAAAUUAAAGACUUGGGCGAAAUAAAAUACACAAUAGCAUUCUUGCAAUCAUGAUACAAACCAUUUUAAAAUUAAUUAACAAAAAGCAUUAUAAAGCUUUUUUUUUUUUUUUUUGUCAAUUUAUAUAUUUGAGCAUCUAUUUCUGCAAAUUUUUCAGUCAUUCAUCUCAUUUUUUUUCCAACAGUUUAGUUUCCAAAUUUGUUUUGCAUUUGUUGGAUGCUUUGUUUUUUUCAUCCUGUACUUUUUUCUGCAUUUUAAAAUUCCACACCUCAGGUGCAUAAAUUUUGCAUACUGUAGCAAAUCUCUUGAGAUUGGAACAUUUAAGACACCUCCAUAAAAGUUUAUGGCAUCAAACACAGUUCUUAAAAAUUCUUUUUAAAGAAUUUUUUUUUUUUUUUUUCAGAGUUUCAACAAACAUAUCCUUGUUGAUACUAAAUCCAUUUUUCACAGUCACAUUGCCAUGCAAUAUAUAAUAAUUAUUUUUAUGACUUGCCAAAAAUCAAAAGCUUUUGGACCUCAAAAUAUUAGAAUAAAAACCAUCUAAACAAAUUUCUUCAUUAAAUGAAUCAAACUGUUCUUUUUAGUUUUUUAGAAAAAUUUCAAACUGGAUUUUUGCAUAUUCUGAACAUAAAGCGGAAAUUCUUGUUUUGGAAAAAAUAAGUUGAAGCAAAUCAAUUAUUUACUUUUCAUUUAAUAUUGAAUCAUUUUUCAAUAAAUAUGAUUUAAAACAUGGUGCAGUUUUUAAAACAAUAAAAUUUUUGGAUGCACAUUCAAAUAUUUCUUUUUGCAGUAUUUUUCACAAAUAUAAAACACUCUGCUGCACUAAUAUUCAAGUAGCCUUUAGACCCUAUUCUAAUCAAUAUCAGUAUUUUUUUCUGUUUUGGAAAUUGGACUGCUCUAUGCAGAAGUAAAAAGGAUGAGCACUUGAGGUUUAACAGUCUCGAAUAGUGUUUAAUUUUUCAGAGCUAUGGAGAAGAUCUUUUAUUCUUAUAUUGUUUAAAGAAAUCAGCAUUUUUUUUUUUUUUUUUGAGGAAAAAAAUUAAGAAAUCCAAAAUUUGUUUUUAUGGAAAAUCUUAAAAUUCCCUGUUUUUUAGAUGAUUUUCAAACUUUUCCCGGUGUCAUGGCAACCCAGUUUAUGCAAUGAAUACAUUAAAAAUAUAACUAUAAUGUGAAAGAGCAAUUAAGCCACAUUGUGUAGAAAAUCAUCAUAUUAGACUUUUUUAGAGCAGUCUGAAAAAGCUUUGAACAUUUCUGAUAAAAUUUAAACUGAGAUGUGAAAUUGAAUUUUUACUUAAUUAUUAUUAAUUUAUUUAUUAAAUAUUAAAAGUGUUUGUAUAAAAAUGAAGAGCAUUUAGUUAAACAAAUAUAUUUUAAAAGAUUAACUAUAUAAGAAUUGUUUUUAUUAUUAGAAAAUAUAUUUAUAAAAAAUGAACAAUUAGACCUUAAGAUGCUUUGCAGCAGAAGCUGUUGGGACAACUAAUCUUGAAAUCAAUUGUAGUGCUUAAAAUUUUCAGGUAAAAAUAAUCAAUUUCUAUAAACAUUAAGAGUCAAGAUCUAUAUAUUCAUUAUUGGAAUUUUUUUCUUUUCAAAAAAUAAUAUAGCUGAUAAUUUCUAAAAAAAUAUUUUGAUGAAAUAAAUGUUUUACUAACAGUGUUUUUUUUUUUUUUUUUUUCUUUCUGUGACAUUAUUGAGAAAACCUCCGAUAUGAGUCAUUGAUAUUUAUUAUAAUUAAAUUGUUAAUGAAAAACAAACUUGUUAAGAAUUAUUUUAAAUUGUUUAUAAAUUUAUUUACUUAGCUAUUAAC